AACUGACGUUAGAUUACCGACCUGAUGAAUUUAUUUUCAAUGACACCGACCGAAUGUGGUCAGCGUAGCAGAGAGGUGGUGUCGGGAAGGUGGUUGACACGCCUUCAAAUCUUUGAGAUGAUCGAAAGUGUAUCGCGCAGAGCGUUGAGUGGCUCCAGCGGGAGCUACCACGUUCGUGGUGCAGAAUUAGCAAGGAAUCGUAGAUUGAAAUCUUUGUCCGCCACUGUUAUUUUCCUCGAUGACACGCAACACACGUUUCAGCUAGAUAAAAGAGCAAAAGGUCAAGCAUUAUUGGAUUUGGUGUUCCAACAUUUAGAACUUGUCGAAAAAGAUUAUUUUGGUCUACAAUAUACUGAAAACGGAGCUGCAGCGUGCACAUAUUCGCCAGACAUAAUGAGGUGGUUAGAUCCUACUAAACCAGUGAAGAAGCAGAUAAGAAGUAAGGGUGGACAAUUCUACUUUAGAGUGAAAUUUUAUGUAUCCGAUCCUAGUAAAUUGCAAGAAGAAUAUACUAGAUAUCAAUUUUACUUACAAAUACGAAGAGAUAUUCUUCAAGGAAAACUUCAAUUACCACCAAGUACAGCGUGUCUUAUUGCCAGUUAUACAGUUCAAUCCGAGUUAGGUGAUUAUCACCCCGAGGAACAUGGCCCGGGAUAUCUUUCCAGGUUGCAGUUAAUACCAGGUCAGACAGAGGAAAUGGAAAAAAAAAUAGCAGAACUGCAUAAACUGCAUAAGGGCCAGCUGCCAGCCGAUGCAGAAUUCAAUUUUUUAGAUCAUGCAAAGAGAUUAGAUAUGUAUGGAGUAGAAUUACACAAAGCUAGGGACUCAAUGAACAAAGAAAUACAAUUAGGUGUAACGUCUAUAGGUUUAGUAGUAUUUCAAAAUGGAAUCAAAAUCAAUGUGUUCUCGUGGUCGAAAAUAGUUAAAAUAUCGUUUAAACGAAAACAGUUUUUUAUUCAACUCAGAAGAGAACAGUCCGAAAACUACGAUACAUUACUAGGUUUCAACAUGCAAACAUAUCGUAGUUCUAAAAACUUAUGGAAGGCGUGCGUGGAACAUCACACAUUCUUCAGACUUCACAGUCCUAAAAUGAGGCCGAGACGUUUUCCACUUACCCUGAGUAGCAGAUUUACGUAUUCAGGGCGUACCGAAUUUCAAACAGUCGAGGAUGGAAAACAUAGAGCAAGAGUAGAGAGAACAUUCAUACGGUCUCCCAGUAAAAGACUGGUGCAUGGAGUUACAUCGGCUCCAAUUAUAGAAGAGAAAGGAAAGUUAGGUAUACCUCCUGGAAGACCUCCUAGGCCAUAUGACAAUAAAGUUCAGUCUCUUGGAGCUCGUGAACCACGUCAAGCUUGGGGCGAAGGCAAUCCCAGUGACGACGAAGGUGGUUUUCUGUCUCUUCGAGAAGAAAUAACAGGUUCACAUACACAAGGCAAUGCAUUUUCUCCUGUAUUAGGUUCUAGAGUUUUAAGUUACGCGGAUGACGAUACAACCGCUGAAAGAAAUAUUUAUGAUCUCCCUGAUUAUAGUGAACCUACAAGUUCGCCCGCCCCUCAGAUAGUGGAAGAUGGACUGGUAACGAUAACUUUAACGCCGGACGAACAAGGCCGAUUUGGAUUUAACGUAAAGGGUGGUUUAGAUCUCGAUAUGCCUAUUUUGGUCUCAAGGGUGGCUCCGAAUACACCCGCUGAUCGUUGUUAUCCAAAAUUAAACGAAGGAGAUCAGGUAGUAUACAUAAAUGGUAUCGAUGUAAGUGGUUUACUACACGAACAUGUAGUAAAUCUGAUUCGUCAAUCACGCGAUUCGGGUUCUGGCGAGCUGACAUUAACCGUCAGACCAAAUGCUUUAUACAAUGCACUAGCUGGUACUGAUGAAACGUCCGAAGAAGAACCGCCAUAUAGAUAUGUACCGGAUGCGCCUCAUGCCGCUAUUGGAUCGGAUGCAUUAGGGCAAUCAAUGUUACUUCUUGCCGAUGGUCUCGCAAGCGGCGCUUUAAUUGCUCAAUAUGAACAGUUGUAUAGGAAAAAUCCUGAGCUCACUUCCCUCGAAUCUAAGAAACCGGAAAAUCAAAACAAAAAUCGUUAUCGAGAUAUCUCACCCUACGAUGUUACUCGAGUAAUACUGAUGGGCUGUGCAAACGGAGAUUACAUAAAUGCCAAUUAUGUGAACAUGGAGAUACCAGGGUCGGGUAUUAUCAACAGAUACAUUGCUACUCAAGGACCUUUGUCUUCCACCGUCGCUGAUUUUUGGCAGAUGGUUUUAGAAGCAGGCAGCACCCUCGUUGUAAUGCUUACAACUUUGGUCGAACGUGGCCGAGCAAAAUGCCAUCAAUAUUGGCCUGCGCUCAACGAAACCCUUACGUUACGGAACCUUACGCUCACGUCUACGGUUGAAAAUGUCGAGGACACCUUUAUAUUUCGAGAAUUUAUACUACGUGAUAUUAACACUGGCGAAGAAAGAGACAUAACGCAUAUGCAAUACUGCAGUUGGCCAGAUCACGGGGUUCCCAGCGAUUGGCGACAAUUCACAACUUUCACUGAAAGAGUACGGGCAGCUCGAACAGGAAUAGUAGAACCUGCUGUUGUUCACUGUUCUGCUGGAAUAGGUAGAACGGGUGUUCUGGUAUUAAUGGAAACAGCACUGUGUCUUAUUGAAGCAAAUCAACCAGUGUAUCCAUUAGACAUUGUACGAUCUAUGCGAGAUCAAAGAGCGAUGAUGAUACAAAAUGCUAGUCAGUAUAGAUUCGUGUGCGAAGCAGUCCACAAAGCUUACAGCGAAGAAAUAGCUAAACCGCUUCCGGAAUUCAGUAGGUGAAAAGAACACAAACCGAAACCGCAUUGUAAUUACCAUUUUUCUUACAUUUUACUAAAAAACAUCACAUCAUUAGAGGAUAAUUUUGUACUCGGACAGUAAUAUACACAUAUAUUAUCGAUUAGCAGCAAAGAUAUAUAUUUUAUCCUUUUGCAAAUCUAUUUUUCAUCGGGAAUUUAAUUAUCGGAAGAAAAAAAAAUAAUUUUUCGCGCAUUCGAUUUAACAAAGAGUUUAUCGAGAUUACUCUUUUAAUUUAUAUCAGUGUAAAUAACAAAAUUUCGACGAACUUACGUUUACUAAUUUAUA